GUAAUUGCGAGUGAGAGAGGAGAAAUUAUGCUGUCAGCAGCUAACAAUCCGUCGCUCUCUUCCCGCGUUUGCUUCUUCAGAUUCGGAGAGCUGAAUCUCAGCUCACGAUUGAAUCUCCGUCGCCGACGAGCUGCCGAUCGGUGCUGCAAAGCGUCUCUCAUUACGAAUUCCGAUUCAUUCGAGGUCGGGAGGCUGAUUGGCAGUUACGGAUUUAUGAACAUUACUAGUUACUCGGGGCCGCAAUCGGGGACGGAUAUGGAGUAUGUGGCUGGAGAUAUUGGGAGAUUGAGAGCUCAGGAUGUUGGGGAAGGAAGUGUGAAAAUUAGAUUGUAUGACGGAAGAAUAGCUCGAGGUCCACAGCGAGGUAGCUCCGUUAUUUUUAAGGUCUACCCUGGUCAGCAAGUUGGAGGCUUCGAAGCUGAUUUGAUGGCUGCGAAUGAGCUCAGUGCACAUGCUUCCCUUCAAAGCAAUUCAAAAUCCAUAGCCUGCUCGAAUAUUCAGGUACUUAUUGGAGGAUUUGAGACGAAAACUGGUGAGCAGUGGCUUGCUUUUCGGAAUGAUGGAAAGUACACUGCUGCUGGCUAUGCACAAGUUGUGAGUGAAAAGAUGACAAAAUAUAGUGAUGUUGGAGGGCAGGCAUUUUGGAAUCCGUUCGAGAAAAGUGAAACUAUAAAGAGGAGAAGAUACUUCAUUACAAAACUCCUUCAGGGAGUAAUUCGUGGCUUAGCUUACAUGCAUGACCACGAGAGGUUGCAUCAAAGUCUUGGACCUUCUUCUGUUGCUCUUAAUACAAUUGCAGAGAAAGAUGCUGCUUAUCUGGUUCCAAGGCUUAGGGACCUUGCCUUUUCGGUUGAUAUAAGAUUUUCUGAGCUAAAUGGAAAUUCAAAUCCACUAUCGGAAGGGCUCUGGCGAAGAGCAUCUGCUGCUGGUGCUUCCACUCCUAUGGAGAAACGAGCAUUUGGAAUUGCAGAUGAUAUAUAUGAAGCUGGUCUUCUAUUUGCCUAUCUAUCUUUCAUACCAUUUUGUGCGGCAGGAGUGAUGGACAGUCUUUCAUUGCGAAGGCUUUUCGAGAAUACCUUCCAACUCGAUAUCCAAGCAAUGCGAGAAUACUGUUUGGCUGAUGAUCGUCUUGUGGAAGCUGUUAAAUUUCUAGAUCUCGGGGAUGGUGCAGGAUGGGAGUUACUUCAGGCUAUGUUGAACCGUGAUUAUCGACAAAGGCCUAUUGCAGAAGCUGUUUUGAACCAUAGAUUUCUGGCUGGAGCUUUCCUCUAACUUGUAGCCUAGGUUGUUGCAGAAUGUAGCUAAAUUUGCCUUCUCUUCACGACUAGAGCUUGAUCCGCUUGUGUCAUUUUUGGGUCGAGCACAUCACACAUACUUUUCUCGUCUCGUGACUGGGCCGAGCACAUCGCACAUACUUCUCGUCUCGUGAUUGGGCCGAGCACAUCGCACAUACUUUUCUCGUCUCGUGAUUGGGCCGAGCACAUCGCACAUACUUUUCUCGUCUCGUGAUUGGACCGAGCACAUCGCACAUACUUUUCUCGUCUCGUGGUUGGGUUGUCAUACAUAUUUUCAUAUUUUCUAAGAUCAUCACUAGUGGACUACCUUCACCAUUUACUCCUCGUUCCUCAUCAAGCAUGUCGUACAUGAUUUGGAUAAUAUGAUGUAUAUUUGAUGA